CUGACAGACUGUACCGCCGAUGGCUAGCUCAAGCGUUAGCGUGAUAUUAAACUCUUUCCUCAGUGUUUAAUAUUUAGAAAUUAAUGUGAAAUAAGUUGUCGGUGCGGUCGGAUCACACCGGUACCUGUUUGGCAUAACGCUGUCGUUUAUGAGCCGAGUACGAAUCGUUUACCAGCGGUUAGCUAUCCGGCUACGCUAACGUUAGGUUAACUACGUUCUGGCGGGGAUUUCUUUCUCCUACAACCUUAAGCAGUGAGUUUAUUAGCGUUGCUCUGCAUAAGUGGGAUGUAUUUUGCGUUUAAAAGCCGGUCUCCCGAGUUUUACUCGAAUAAGUCUGCAGCAUGACUUCACACUCCGCUGUCUGUUCACUAAUUCUACGGGAAAACACUAAGAUUCGUGCACAAGCAGCUUUUACACCUGCAUGAAGACGUCGCUGAUUUUUAACGGUUCAAGCAAUGAAAGAAAUUCUGCGGAAGAUUCACAGCGGUUUUUUAAACCUUCUGCUUUUCCCGAGCGCGUUUCGGAAUAAGCGUCCCCGUCCGCCUGCCUCAGAAGUGCUAACGUGCCACCUCAGCCAGCGCAGACUCCCACCCUGGACCUCGUUCUGCGUGCGCUACAGCGCUGUAGAGAAUGACCAGUUCGGCUUGUCCAGCUUCAACUGGCAGGUGCAGGACGCCAACUACCACAUCCUCAGGACGGGAGCCUUUCCCUUCAUCAAGUACCACUGCACCAGAGCACCUCCACAGGACCUGGACUUUGAGAACACAUUCUUUGGUGCACUGAAAGUUAUCAACCUAGGUGUUCCAUGCCUGGCGUAUGGCCUCGGCUCUUGGAUGGUCGUUCGGGUAACAGAAACCGUGCAAACUUCGGCUGGCCCUGUCACUGUUUAUUUUGCGUAUAAGGAGGUAGAAGGGGCUCAGUACUAAGGGCAGAUUGUAUCAUUAUCAUUACUCUACCCAACUGGUACUUCCAAAGGAAAAUGAAUGGCUUACUUGUA